AUGAAUUUCUGGGGCCGCAUGUGGGGGAGCGCCUCAAUGAAGGCCACAGGCGUCAUCAAGCAGCUGUCCGCACAGGUCGGAGUCCGCAAUGGCGCGCAUGCCAUGGAACGUGUCCCUCUGAGCCCAUCCGCAGUCAUGGACGCCACUGAUGAUGGCCCUCAAGAUGCCGCCCGCGGCCUGGAGGAGCUGGACUUUCACCAUCCCUACACGCCGUACCAUGUCCAGGAGCAGUUCAUGAAGACGGCCUACCAGGUGCUGGAGGCGGGCGAGGGGCAGGUCGGUAUUCUAGAGAGCCCGACGGGCACAGGCAAGUCUUUGUCACUCAUCUGCGCAUCGUUGACGUGGCUCCGGAAUCACAAGUCUCGCAAACAUGAAGCCGCGUUGGAAGAUGCAGGGGCAGCGUACAAAGACGAGCCCCCCUGGCUCAUAGAGCAAUUGCUGCGGCGGAAAAGAGAGGACCUCGCCCAGAGAUGGGAAGAGCGGGAAAAGCGCCUCGAAGCCAUCAGGCACAGGGAAAAGUCGCUGGAAGAGCGGUCUCGAAAACGGCAGCGCAGAGACAACCCCCCCGCCGGAGCAUCCAAGCCAGUGGUGGACGAGGACGCCGAGUGGCUCCUCGACGACUGGGAGAGCCGCGAGGCAGACUCUCAAGAUGCUCUCUCGGGCCUGAGCAAGGAGUCCCGAGCCGUUUUGGAGCAGCUCGGCCUCGGAGGGCCAAAGAAGCACCAGGACGAGGAGGACAUGAUGGAAGAAGGGAUCAAGAUUUACUAUACCUCGAGAACCCACUCGCAGCUCUCGCAGUUCAUCGCCGAACUGCGGCGGCCAUCGUUCCCCUCUUCGCUGCCGCCGUCCGUAGCCAAGGAAAAGGGAGCGACGUCGGAAGCGGUCAAGCUGCUGCCCCUCUCGUCUCGGCAGAGGCUCUGCAUAAACCCCUCGGUGUCGCGGCUCGGGUCUGUCCAGGCCAUCAACGACCGUUGUGCCGAGCUGCAACAUGGCAAGUCGGGCGCCAGGUGCCCCUACGCGCCCAGCGAGGCGCUGCUCAGCCAGACGCACCAGUUCCGCGACACGGCAUUGGCCACGUCGCCCGACAUUGAGGACCUAUAUCAGCUUGGCAAGUCCCUCGCCGUGUGUCCGUACUACGCCUCGCGGACGGCGCUCCCGGCGGCGGAGAUCAUCACUCUCCCUUACCCCCUUUUGCUCCAGAAGAAGGCCCGCGACGCGCUGGGGAUCAAGCUCGAGGGCAACGUGGUGAUUAUAGACGAGGCGCACAACAUCAUGGAUGCCGUGGCCAGCGUGCACGCGGCAGAGGUCAAACUUGGCGAGCUGCGCAGGGCGAGAGGCAUGCUGGGAGUGUAUGUCAAGCGUUUCGGGAAGAGACUCAAGGGCGAGAAUCGCGUCAACGUCGGGCGGCUGGGCCGGGUGAUUGAUGGCUUGGCCGAGUGGAUGGAGGGGGCCAAGACGCUCAAGGAAGACCGUGGCAUUGUUGCCGCGAGCGAUCUGACGCGGCCCAAGGGCAUCGACCAGAUCAACAUGUACGAGCUGAUUCAGUUUGUGCAAGAGUCCAAGAUGGCCUACAAGAUUGAGAGCUACGCCGCGCACGUCGAGGGUGAAAAGGAGCCGGGCGCAUGUGGCGUUGCGAGGCCGAGCACGCCAGUUCUGCACACGCUGGUGUCGUUUCUCGUGGCCCUCACGAACACGAGCACAGAGGGCCGCUUCUUUUACGAAAAGGUCUCGGGCCCGCCGGCGGACGUGCAGCUGUCGUACUUGCUGCUAUCGCCGACGCAUGCGUUUUCGUCGAUUGUGUCGAGCGCGCGAGCCGUGCUUCUCGCCGGGGGCACCAUGUCGCCAUUUGACGACUACAAGAAGCACCUGUUUCCGUCGCUCGCCGAGACCAAGUUGACGACGCUCAGCUGCGACCACGUGGUGCCGGCCGAGAACCUGUGUGUGUGGACGCUGGCCGGGACGCGACCGAGCGGAACGCCGUUUGAGUUUAGCUUCCAGCGGCGCGGGGACAAGGGGCUGAUUGCGGAGCUUGGGCUCACGAUUCUCAACAUUUGCGCCGUGGUGCCCGACGGGGUCGUCGUCUUCUUCCCGAGCUACGGGUACCUCGACGAGGUGGUGGGCACGUGGCAGCGAGCGCCGCAGCAGCGCAAAGGGCAGUCCAUCUGGGAGCGGCUACAGGGGCGCAAGUCUAUAUUUCUCGAGGCCAAGGGGGGGUCGAGCGACGAGGUGCUGGAGCAGUACGCAGAGGCCAUCGAGGGAGGCGAGGGCAAGGCCAACGGCGCGGUGCUGCUGAGCGUGGUCGGGGGCAAGAUGUCCGAGGGCAUCAAUUUUUCGGACCGGCUGGGCCGGUGCGUGGUGGUGGUCGGGAUGCCGUACCCGAACAUGGCGUCGCCCGAGUGGAAGGCCAAGAUGGAGUAUGUCGAGUCGACGGCGCUGGCGGCCAGUCCGACGACGGCGCGCGACGCGGCCAAGCAGGCGGCGCGCGACUUUUACGAAAACGCGUGCAUGCGGGCCGUCAACCAGAGCAUCGGGCGGGCGAUCCGGCACCGGGGCGACUACGCGGCGAUUGUGCUGGCGGACCGGCGGUACGGGACGGAGCGGGUGCGGAGCAAGCUGCCGGGGUGGAUCCGCGCGGCCAUGGCGGCAGACGGCGGGGGCACGCUGGGCGGGCUGAUGGGGGGUCUGGGGCAGUUUUUCCGCGGCAAGGCACACGUGGCCUAG